CCUUAUGAAAAAGUCACCGGCAAACUUCAUGCCAAUAUCAGCCAUAUUUUCGCCGAUUUGCCAAUUUCCGGAGGUUCCCCGUGGAAUUUGUUCCUCACUUUUUGACCGGUGGUAGUGGUCCAAGGGACAGUACCCCACCCUCUCCUGCCCAGCGCCUCCGAAAAAUAUUAGGCCUAAGCUCGCUCUUCGCUGCAUUUUGGGGCAACUUCCGUUUCCUCACGCACGCACACUUGCCACUUGCCACUUGCAGCAGCGACGCAUCCUUUUUCGCAGUAGUGGCUGGUAGUGGUAGUGGUAGUGCACCAGCGCCAAAGCAGCGCCAAAAGCGCCAAAAUUUUUGGGGGUUGCAAUGGCGAGAGGCCGAGAACGAGGACGAGUGCGAGUGCGAGUGCGAGUGCGAGUACGAAGGACGAAGGACGAUGCCGAUGACGAAGGACGAAAGCCGAUUCCGAGUCCGAAUUUUGAGUUCGAGGAGAGCCAAAACGCAGCGCAGGAGCAAAGGAAUGUGGCCAACAAAAACGUUGUUGCCGUUUGUUGCCGGCGUUUUUUGGCGCCUACAGUUCGCCGAUUUCAUUUUCUCUGCCGUCGGUGCUGCAUGCUCCAUUCUCGAAUGUCGAUUCUCCACACACUCGCCACUCAGUUCUCAGCCGCGUUUCGCUGCCGCCGUCGCAUUUUCCUCCUUUGCCACACAACAACGCCGGCAGAGCGGAGAAACUGGCGAACUCGCAUCGCCUCGCAUCGCCUCGCAUUUCGCGAACUAUUCGCAACUUCGUCGCGAACUCAGUCGCAGCCUGAGAGCAACAACUACAAAAAGCAGCAAAAGGCAGCAACAGCAACAGCAGCAGCAGCAGUUGCUGCAACAGCAACGUUCAACGUAGGCAGCCCCCCUCGGCGACCCUCAGUUUUCCACAUCGUCUCGUGGCCAUCGUCGUAGUCGUCGUGUGUUAAGUUUGUUUUGAGUUUUUCCGUAUCAAAAUGUGCAAAACGAUUUCAGUCUAAUUCAGACGCUCGUGCUGAGAAGACUUUUGGCCCUGUUUGUUGGCCAACACAUAUAUAGCCAUAGAACACGGCACACAGAACACUCAACGGAACUGAACACUGAACACUGAACACUGAACUGAAACCAAACUGAACACGACACACGAGACGAGUAGCGAAACGAACUGAAAGAACGAGGCGGGCUAAUUGCCAAAUGGCCACGUAGUGCGCGUAACGUAACGAAUACGUAAAACACACUCACACACACACACACACACACACGGAUACUCACAUGUACAUGCCCACUCUCAGUUGAGCGUCGUAAUUGUCGCGGUUUUUUCGUACGCUUUUGUUUUUUUAACGCCAUGUGAAGAGGAGCGAGUCGUGUAACGUAACGUAACGUAACGUAACGCGUGCCAACGUUAAACGAUCAACGAUCAACGAUCAGCUGUAGACAAAAUGGCGUCGGCGCAAACGGAUGCCAAAUUAGCUGUGGCGCCCGACCAGGGACCAGUGACACAAAGGCAGCGCAAAGGUUCGGGAUCGGGCACAGGUUCGCCGAAAAGCAAUCGCAAUUCGCCCAGUCAGGAGGAGGAGAAGCGUACGAAGAGCGAGGAUCGCACUUCACCUGUCACCUCGAGGGAUGAGGAUAAGGAUGCACAAGGGCAAGGACAAGGAGGUGGAGGUGGAGGUGGAGGUGGAGGUGGAGGAAAUGGAUCGUCCCCUAUCAGUUCGCCACAGGGCAGAUCCUCUUCGGUGGCCUCGCCCAGUUCCAGCUCCCAGCAAUUCUGCCUGCGUUGGAACAACUAUCAGACGAAUCUGACCACCAUCUUCGAUCAGCUGCUGCAGAACGAGUGCUUCGUGGAUGUGACACUGGCCUGCGAUGGUCGCUCCAUGAAGGCCCACAAAAUGGUCCUGUCCGCCUGCUCGCCCUACUUUCAAACCCUAUUGGCCGAAACGCCCUGCCAGCAUCCCAUUGUGAUCAUGAGGGAUGUGAACUGGUCGGAUCUGAAGGCCAUUGUUGAGUUCAUGUACCGUGGCGAGAUCAAUGUGAGCCAGGAUCAGAUUGGUCCGCCUAGGAUAGCCGAGAUGCUGAAGGUGCGCGGCCUGGCGGAUGUGACCCACAUGGAAGCGGCCACGGCAGCGGCGGCGGCAGCUUCCUCCGAGCGAAUGCCCUCGCCCAAGGAGGGCACUUCCGGCUCCAGAGCCACCGAAAACGAGAGGGAAUCCGAGGAGCUACUGGCCUUCAUGCAACCGGAGAAGAAACUGCGCACGGACUGGGAUCCCGCUGAACUGAGACUCUCCCCGCUGGAGCGACAGCAGGGCAGGAAUGUGAGAAAGCGACGCUGGCCCUCGGCGGACACGAUCUUCAAUGCCCCCGCACCGCCCAGUCCGCUGAGCAGUUUGAUAGCCGCCGAACGGAUGGAGAUGGAGCAAAAGGAGCGGGAAAGGCAGCGGGACUGUUCGCUGAUGACGCCACCGCCGAAGCCGCCAUUGAGCGGUGGUGCAGUAGCGGCGGCAGCGGUGGCACGACGUCUGGAGACCGCCAUCCAUGCUUUGGACAUGCCAUCGCCGGCUGCCACGCCAGGACCCAUGUCCCGAUCCUCGCGACCCCACUCGCAGAGUCCACAGCAAGGUCAGCAGCAAGGUCAGCCGCAAGGUCAGCAGCAGGGUCAGCACUCCCUGCCCCUGCCCCUGCCCCUGCACCCGCACCACCAUGCACCACCUGCCCCACAUCCAUCCAUCCAGUCAUCUGGAUCCUCACAUCAUCCGCCCUCGUCCGCUGGAGAAUCGCGUUUUCCAAUGGGACCCGCUGCCGCCAUGGCUGCGGCCAUGGAGUUGAGCGGUUUGGGACCGGGACCGCCCGCUGAGCCACGACUACCGCCCCCAACGCCGCACCACCAUGGUGGAGGUGGAGUGGCUGGUGGGGGAGUGGGAGUGGGAUUGGGCGGAGGAGUGGGCUCCGGCGGGGGAUCGUCUCUAGCCGAUGACAUGGAGAUCAAGCCCGGCAUCGCCGAAAUGAUACGAGAGGAGGAAAGGGCCAAGAUGAUGGAGAACUCGCAUGCCUGGAUGGGUGCCACUGGGUCCACGCUGGCAGCAGACAGCUACCAGUACCAGCUGCAGUCGAUGUGGCAGAAGUGCUGGAACACCAACCAGAACCUGAUGCACCACAUGCGCUUCCGGGAACGGGGUCCGCUGAAGUCCUGGCGUCCCGAGACCAUGGCCGAGGCCAUAUUCAGUGUGCUGAAGGAGGGCUUAUCCCUGUCGCAGGCUGCCCGCAAAUACGACAUCCCGUAUCCCACGUUCGUGCUGUAUGCCAAUCGGGUGCACAACAUGCUGGGACCCUCCAUCGACGGUGGGCCCGAUCUGCGGCCCAAGGGGCGUGGCAGGCCGCAGAGGAUUCUGCUGGGCAUCUGGCCGGAUGAGCACAUCAAGGGCGUCAUCAAGACGGUGGUUUUCCGCGACACGAAGGACAUUAAGGACGACAGCCUGGCCGCUCACAUGCCGCCCUACGGUCGACAUUCGGACCUGCCGCUGAGCUAUCCCGGCGCAAGUGGCGCCCUGGCAGGAGCGCCCAGUUCCCUGGCCUGUCCAAAUGGCAGCGGUCCGCAGGCGGGAGUGGGCGUGGGCGUGGGCGUGGGCGGUGAGCAGCACAUGUCGCAGGAAACGGCCGCUGCGGUGGCCGCCGUGGCCCACAACAUCCGGCAGCAGAUGCAGAUGGCAGCGGCCGUCCAGCAUCAAGGAUCUCAGCAUCAGCCGGUGCCGCCGGGCCUGUUUAACCUGCCGCCCCAUCCGGGCGUGGGCGGUGGCGUAGGCGUGCCGGGGGCGGGCGGAGGCAGGGCCAGCAUAUCGCCGGCCUUGAGCAGCGGCUCCGGGCCCAGGCACGCCCCGUCGCCCUGCGGUCCCCUCGUCCCGAAUCUGCCGCCCAGCAUGGCCAUCGCCUUGCACCACCAACAGCAGCAGCAUCAGCACGGGGAACGUAGACCUUGUGGCUGUCCCUUUGGUCCUUGGCCAUGCCCCCAUCAUCACCAUCAGCAGCAGCAGCAGCAGCAGCUUCACCACCAGGUGGGCGGUGGCCUGCCGCACAAGUCCGGUUUCGGUGCCAGUUCCAGUUCCUCCGCCUCCUCCGCAAUGGGUCAGCACCCGCCCAAGGCCAAAGGCAGUCCGCUGCGCAGCGAAACACCCCGACUGCAUUCACCGCUGGGCGAUCUUGGCCUGGACAUGGCCGGCUACAAGCGGGAGUUCUCGCCCAGUCGCCUCUUCGCCGAGGAUCUGGCCGAGCUGGUGGGCGCCAGUGUCUCAUCCUCCUCGUCCUCGGCGGCUGCGGCAUCGGCUCCGCCAGAGAGAUCGGUAGGAGGUGGGUCAGCGGCGGCGGGAACAGAUGCGCCCAGCUCCUCGAGUGGCGGUGGCAUCAAGGUGGAACCCAUUACCACCACUAGCGAGUAAUGAAUUGAUAAUGAGUGAACUAAAAUCUGAAGCUCCAGCAGCUUUACUCGACACAUGUGCACCUAUACCUUGGUUAGUUAACUACAUUUUGGUUAAAAUCUUAUUUUUAAAUAGAGGAAAACUUUUGCUUAAAAUGCUUUUAAGUUUAACUUGAUUUAACACAAUGUAACAAACUAUUUAAGCAACAAGUUUUAGCAAUAAAAUUAUUCUCUAUAACAUGAUCAAAACUCAUUAUACAUAAUAUAUCCAAGAGUUUUUUUAACUUUACGAAAAAUCAAAGCCGCAUUUUCCAUAUGUAAAUAAAAUAAAUAUAAACUAUAAAUACAUUUUAAAGGUUUCUCCAAAUCUUCGUUAUUUGCUAAAAAAAAAAAAAAAGCAAAUCAACAAAUUUCCAUACCUAUAUCCAAUCGAAUUUAAACAUAAGCUUUACAUAAUAUUAUUUUUUUAUUUUAAAAUGUAAGACUAGCCCAAGGUAUGUGUAUACAUGUGCCCGUUUUCCUCUAGUUUCUACCUAGUUUCUAUUCCUAGCGUACUUAUUGAAUCAAAAUUUGA